AUGCUUUCGAAUCUCAUUCUUCUGUCUUCCUUGGCGAUCUGUGCGACGGCGGCGGUGCAGUGCAAGUACGAGGGAAAGGAUUUGGAUCACAAUGAGAUUAUCGUAAGAUAAAUUCUUUGCUUUAUACAUAAACGCUCUGUUAGGUUGUUCAAAACGCCUUCCGUAUCAAGUGCCUGACGGAGGACAACGGAUCCUGGAAGACCGAGAUUGUCGGAUGCGUGACUCCGGACGGAACCGCAAUUGAUGCCGGAGACAAAAAGGAAGUCGGAGACAAAGUUCAUGAAUGUGUGAAGAGCGAAGGAGGACAAGUGUCUCUGAAGGAGUCGAAGGGACGGUUGGCCGCCUGUCCGGGAGGACAGAAGAACGGUGAGCCAGUCGGCGGAGAGACAAGAGUGUGACACUCUGAUUUGCAGGCGAGGAAUGGCAGGAGAAGUCGUUCAAGUUCACUUGCGCCGACGGAGGAGUCGUCAAGUUCGUUGCGUGUGUUGGACAAGACGGGACCGUCAUCAAUGCGGGAAUGACUGGAAAGAUCGGAGGGUUCGAGGUGAAAUGUCUGCAGCACGCGAACGGAACGAUCACGAUGCAAGCGGCCAACGACCCGAAGAGCUACGAGUGCAAGGCUAAGGACGGAUCGUCGAAGAAGAACGGAGAGGAGUACGUGGAGGGUAACUUUGUGCGAAAGUGCGAGGACUACGGACAGGGCAAGAUCGUCGGAUGCUUCGUAAGAGUAUCAGAAUAGAAGGGCUUCGAUUACAGUAGAUUUUGAGGCGGAGACCGUCAAGGACACCAUCCCAAUCAACAAGAAUGUCACGGUCGGAGAGGUGACCUACAGCUGCUCGAAGGACGGAUCCAACUACAGCUUCAAGACGUUCAACCAAAAGGCAAACUAGCCGUUUCUGACAAUCACAAUCCUUUUUUGUGUGUGAAAGAAGAACAUCGGAGAGCAAUGAAUAAAGUUUUUAUGUUUGCACUGCUCAGUUUCCAUUCGGUUUCCUUGUUGUUGCACGUUGUUCAGUUGGUCUCACAAACUCAGAAUCUUUCAGAAGCCAGUCGUUUAUGCGAUGUGCGCCCACGAUGGGAAGCAGUACGAGAACGGAACCACUUUUGUUAGUUUGGUAGAACAUUCGACAAUAGUUGCGACUGGGUCGAACUUAGGACUUCACUUGAAAGAUAUGAGUUUCAGCUGGCGCAAGGAUCGUUCCGCAUGAAAUGUGUGACUUUCAAGAACUUGACCUCCAUUCUCGAAGUCGUCUCGUGUAUCACACCCGCCGGAAUCGAAGUGAGACCCUGUCGCCUACUUUUAUUGGAUAAUUGCCCUUUCCCCUCCUAGAUCCCGAUCGGUUCGCAAGUGGAAGAAAGAGAUAAAAUGUUCGAGUGCACCGCCGGAAAUGUCACAUUGAAAUCGAGUCCCGGACGGAGCGGACAGUGCCGUGGAAUCUACAACGUGGGCGACGAGUGGGUGGAUGAUCAGUUCAAAUUGCGAUGCGCACCGUACGGAAAGGUCGAGCUGAAGAGCUGCAUCACAAGGACCGCAUCGAGAUCCCGUUGGGCGAGGCGAGGAGAGUGCCCGCCGGAUACGCGAUGGAAUGCGUCAUGAUCGAUGGCAACGUGGCACUUCAGACGGCGAAGACGUUCGAUUGCGAGACGGGAAAAGGAGAGAUCAAAAAGCAGGGUGAGCCGUGUACAGUAUCCAUUGUUGUUCUAACCCAUAUACACAAAUCACAGCCAAUUUUCGUGUUGUCCUCCUCGCAAAUUGACCUUUUUCCUAGGCGAAACAUGGAAUGAGGGCAAUUUCGUGCGUCGUUGUGUCAACUACGGAGUCUCGUCGAUCAUCGGAUGCUACGUGGACGGAAUCGGGACGAUGGGACUGAAUCAGAAUAUCACUUCGGCCGGACUCGUCUACAUGUGCAUCAAUCAGAACGACCAGUUCAAGUUCCGCACGCUUGUCGCCGAAAAAACCCCGAUAGUUGCCUCGAAGACUUCGCCCAGUCCGUGA